AUGGAAAGCGGUGAGAUCUCAAAUGGACAGGUUAGUGCUUCUUCGGAGUGGGAUGGCAAUCAUGCUGCCAUCCAGGCAAGACUCUACUUUGAAGCAGCUCCCGACAAAGCAGGAUCAUGGUCAGCUAAAUACAAUAACCUGGACCAGUGGCUGCAGAUUGAUUUGGGUAGUAAGCACGAGGUAACUGGCCUAGCAACGCAAGGCAGAAAUGGAUACGGCCAGUGGGUAACCAAGUACAAAGUGCAGUACUCAGUCAACGGUGUCAACUUUCAAUACUACAUGGAGCAAACACAGGCCGCAAUCAAGGUAAAAUCAUUUUCAACCCGGACACAAACUCUUCUAACCUAAUUAACGUUCCUUCACAUAUCCACUAUUAUGUAAUGUCGACGGGCAAAGCCAAACACCAAGCCCAAAAACCAACGCAAAGUAAACAUCUUUACUCCUGUAAUCUCCUAUUUCUUAUACACUUGUGCAAAACGUUGCUGUUGGUAGGUUUCUAAGCCUCACAACUUCUAACCUAUACGUAGUUGAAGCACCUUUUGCAAACAAAGUCGACGUUUCAUUUUUAGGAGUUUGUUGGAAACGCAGACCAGGACACUGUGGUCUACCGAAAGCUGAGCCAUGCAAUCAGAGCACGCUACAUCCGUUUUCGACCAACAGCCUGGCACGGUCACAUAUCCAUGAGAGUGGAGGUGUACGGAUGUAAAGGUAACGCUGCAUUUUCAUAAAAAAUGUUAGCCUACCACUUUUUGGCAGUUCUCUUUCAUACCCGUCAAAAAUUAGCACAUGUAGCCACAAAAAACAAAAACAAAAACAAAAAAUAAAAAAACGCUCAUCGCCUGGCGUUGUUAUCCUACAAGUUCUCAGUACAUGAACAUUUUCUACUCGCUCUUAAAAUAGCCCUUGCAUAGAAACUGCUUUGUCAGUGGUCUACUCGCUAGCUCCGUAACAAAUUCUUUGAACCGUAUCGCUUUUCCGUCAUUUCAAAGUCUUGCUCAAAGAAAUUGGGAAGCGAUGAUUGUUGUCCAGUUGCAAUUUCGCACCACAACACAUCUAGCAGGUGGCUUAACUAAAUGAUCCUUUUGAAGUCGAAAAACGGUCCGUUUUAUUUCUCAAUUUCCAGAAUGUCAGGAUGCUCUGGGCAUGGAAAGCGGUGAGAUCUCAAAUGGACAGGUUAGUGCUUCUUCGGAGUGGGAUGGCAGUCAUGCUGCCAUCCAGGCAAGACUCUACUUUGAAGCAGCUCCCGACAAAGCAGGAUCAUGGUCAGCUAAAUACAAUAACCUGGACCAGUGGCUGCAGAUUGAUUUGGGUAGUAAGCACGAGGUAACUGGCCUAGCAACGCAAGGCAGAAAUGGAUACGGCCAUUGGGUAACCAAGUACAAAGUGCAGUAUUCUGACAACGGUGUGAACUUUCAAUACUACAUAUACAUGGAGCAAGGACAGGCCGCAAUCAAGGUAAAAUCGUUUUCUACCCGGACACAACCUCUCCUAACCUAAUUAACGUUCCUUCACAUAUCCACUAUUAUGUAAUGUCGACGGGCAAAGCCAAACACCAAGCCCAAAAACCAACCCAAAGUAAACAUCUUUACUCCUGUAAUCUCCUAUUUCUUAUGCACUUGUGCAAAACGCUGCUGUCGGUAAGUUUCUAAGCCUCACAACUUCUAACCUAUACAUAGUUGAAGGACCUAUUGCAAACAAAGUCGACGUUUCAUUUUUAGGAGUUUGUUGGAAACGCAGACCAGGACACUGUGGUCUACCACAAGCUGAGGCAUGCAAUCAAAGCACGUUACAUCCGUUUUCAACCAACAGCCUGGCAUGGUCACAUAUCCAUGAGAGUGGAGGUGUAUGGAUGUAAAGGUAACGCUGCGUUUUCAUAAAAAAAGUUAGCCUACCACUUUUUGGCAGUUCUCUUUCAUACGCGUCAAAAAUUACCACAUAUAGCCAGUCAAAAAAAAAAAACAAUAGCAAAACAAGAAGCAAAAAACGCUCGUCGCCCAGCAUUGAGAUCCUACAAGUUCUCAGUACAUAAAAAUUUUCUACCCGCUCUUAAACUAGCCCUUGGACAGAAACUGCUUCGUCAGUGGUCUACUCGCUAGCUCCGUAACAAAGUCUUUGAACUAUAUCGCUUUUCCGUCAUUUCAAAGUCUCGCUCAAAGAAGUUGGGAAGCGAUGAUUGUUGUCCAGUUGCAAUUUCGCGCCACAACACAUCCAGCAGGUGGCUUCAUUUAAUGAAUCUUUUUGAAGUCGAAAAACGGUCCGUUUUUUCCCUCAAUUUCCAGAAUGUCAGGAUGCUCUGGGCAUGGAAAGCGGUGAGAUCUCAAAUGGACAGGUUAGUGCUUCUUCGGAGUGGGAUGGCAAUCAUGCUGCCAUCCAGGCAAGACUCUACUUUGAAGCAGCUCUCGGCAAAGCAGGAUCAUGGUCAGCUAAAUACAAUAACCUGGACCAGUGGCUGCAGAUUGAUUUGGGUAGUAAGCACGAGGUAACUGGCCUAGCAACGCAAGGCAGAAAUGGAUACGGCCAGUGGGUAACCAAGUACAAAGUGCAGUACUCUGACAACGGUGUCAACUUUCAAUACUACAUGGAGCAAACACAGGCCGCAGUCAAGGUAAAAUCAUUUUCAACCCGGACACAAACUCUUCUAACCUAAUUAACGUUCCUUCACAUAUCCACUAUUAUGUAAUGUCGACGGGCAAAGCCAAACACCAAGCCCAAAAACCAACGCAAAGUAAACAUCUUUACUCCUGUAAUCUCCUAUUUCUUAUGCACUUGUGCAAAACGCUGCUGUCGGUAAGUUUCUAAGCCUCACAACUUCUAUCCUAUACAUAGUUGAAGGACCUUUUGCGAACAAAGUCGACGUUUCAUUUUUAGGAGUUUGUUGGAAACGCAGACCAGGACACUGUGGUCUACCACAAGCUGAGCCAUGCAAUCAGAGCACGCUACAUCCGUUUUCGACCAACAGCCUGGCACGGUCACAUAUCCAUGAGAGUGGAGGUGUAUGGAUGUAAAGGUAACACUGCGUUUUCAUCAAAAAAGUUAGCCUACCACUUUUUGGCAGUUCUCUUUCAUACACGUCAAAAAUUGGCACGUGUAGCCAUAAAAAACAAAAACAAAACAAAACAAAAACAAAAAACAAAAAACGCUUAUCGCCUGGCUUUGUUAUCCUACAAGUUCUCCGUACAUGAAAAGUUUCUACUCGCUCUUAAAAUAGCCCUUGCACAGAAGCUGCUUCGUCAGUGGUCUACUCCCUAGCUCCGUAACAAAUUCUUUGAACUGUAUCGCUUUUCCGUCAUUUCAAAGUCUCGCUCAAAGAAAUCGGGAAGCGAUGAUUGUUGUUCAGUUGCAAUUUCGCACCACAACACAUCUAGCAGGUGGCUUAAAUUAACUUAAUGAUCCUUUUGAAGUCGAAAAACGGUCCGUUUUAUUUCUCAUUGUCCAGGAUGUCAGGGUGCUCUGGGCAUGGAAAGCGGUGAGAUCUCAAAUGGACAAGUUCGUGCUUCUUCGGAGUGGGAUGGCAAUCAUGCUGCCAUCCAGGCAAGACUCCACUUCGAGGCAGCUCCCGACAAAGCAGGAUCAUGGUCAGCUAAAUACAAUAACCUGGACCAGUGGCUGCAGAUUGAUUUAGGUAGUAUGCACACCUUGGUAACCGGCCUAGCAACGCAAGGCAGAAAUGGAUACGGCCAGUGGGUAACCAAGUACAAAGUACAGUACUCUAACAACGGUGUGAACUUUCAAUACUACAUGGAGCAAGGACAGGCUGCAAUCAAGGUAAAAUCGUUUUCUACCCGGACACAAACUCUCCUAACCUAAUUAACGUUCCUUCACAUAUCCACUAUUAUGUAAUGUCGACGGGCAAAGCCAAAACUCCAAGCCCAAAAACCAGCGCAAGGUAAACAUCUUUACUCCUGUAAUCUCCUAUUUCUUAUGCACUUGUGCAAAACGCUGCUGUUGGUAGGUUUCUAAGCCUUACAACUUCUAACCUAUACAUAGUUGAAGCACCUUUUGCAAACAAAGUCGACGUUUCAUUUUUAGGAGUUUGUUGGAAAUGCAGACCAGGACACUGUGGUCUACCACAAGCUGAGCCAUGCAAUCAAAGCACGCUACAUCCGUUUUCAACCAACAGCCUGGCAGGGUAACAUAUCCAUGAGAGUGGAGGUGUAUGGAUGUCAAGGUAACGCUGCAUUUUCAUAAACAAAGUUAGCCUACCACUUUGGCAGUUCUCUUUUAUACGCGUGAAAAGUUGGCACGUGUAGCCACAAAAAAAAAACAAAAACAAAAACAAAACAAAACAAAACAAAAGCAAAACAAAAAACAAAAGACGCCCGUCGCCCGGCGUUAAGAUCCUACAGGUUCUCAGUACAUGAAAAUUUUCUACCCGCUCUUAAAAUAGCCCUUGCACAGAAACUGCUCCGUCAGUGGUCUACUCGCUAGCUCCGUAACAAAUUCUUUGAACUAUAUCGCUUUUCCGUCAUUUCAAAGUCUCGCUCAAAGAAGUUGGGAAGCGAUGAUUGUUGUCCAGUUGCAAUUUCGCGCCACAACACAUCCAGCAGGUGGCUUCAUUUAAUGAAUCUUUUUGAAGUCGAAAAACGGUCCGUUUUUUUCCUCAAUUUCCAGAAUGUCAGGAUGCUCUGGGCAUGGAAAGCGGUGAGAUCUCAAAUGGACAGGUUAGUGCUUCUUCGGAGUGGGAUGGCAAUCAUGCUGCCAUCCAGGCAAGACUCUAUUUUGAAGCAGCUCCCGACAAAGCAGGAUCAUGGUCAGCUAAAUACAAUAACCUGGACCAGUGGCUGCAGAUUGAUUUUGGUAGUAAGCACGAGGUAUCUGGCCUAGCAACGCAAGGCAGAAAUGGAUACGGCCAGUGGGUAACCAAGUACAAAGUACAGUACUCUAACAACGGUGUGAACUUUCAAUACUACAUGGAGCAAGGACAGGCCGCAGUCAAGGUAAAAUCGUUUUCUACCUUUGAUACAAACUCUCCUAACCUUAUUAACGUUCCUUCACAUAUCCACUAUUAGUUUGCUUAAGAUCCGACGACGGCAGACGUCUGUGACGGCGAGCGAAAGUGAAAUUACUGCUAGAAAGACUUCCGGCUGCCGUCGUUGCGAAGUUUCCCUCCGUAGCGGCCUUGUCUGUAACGUGAAGAAGGCCAUUUUGCCGUCGCGUUUAAAACGUGAGUAAACUUGAUCAAAAUAAUGCCAUUUAAACACAUUUUGAGCGAAAUUCAGUCGACCAUUCUUGUCGAAUUUCUAAGCGACGAUUUGAACACGGUAUCUAAAUUAAAUUUGUUUGCCUUCUCUAAACAGUUUGACUCGUUAAUCGCCAUGGACACGGUCAACUCGACAAAGAAAGCAACCCAGUAAGUUUUACAAGUUUUUUCUUGUGUUUAUUGAUGUGUUUAUUAACAAUUAUGAUAUCGUAGACUUGUUUCGGCAUUAAGUUGAGGUCCAAUGGAUUAUGUCACUUAUCUUUUCUCGAAAUAGCGUUUUUUUUGACUCGACUUCUCUUACAAUGUAAUUUUAAUCAAGAGCUUUUAGUAAGGCAAAAAAAAUGUAUCGUCGUUGAGACACGAAACGCUUGCUUCUCGAAACUGCUCAAAAUACAACAUGACGAUUAGUUUAUGCUUGAAUUAGGCGGCAUAUUGCACAUGUACACAAACAUGACUGAGACCGCUUUGAUUUGCUUUAGAGAGAUCUGAACUGAUUUAAAGGUGAAUCGAUUUAACCGGUUUCCAAGGUCGAGAUGAAGUCUUUGUUAUUUUUUUUCGAAUUGUAGGCGGCAUAAUGCACAUGUACACAAACAUGACUGAGACCGCUUUGAUUUGCUUUAGAAAGAUCUGAACUGAUUUAAAGGUGAAUCGAUUUAACCGGUUUCCAAGGUCGAGAUGAAGUCUUCGUUAUUUUUUUUCGAAUUGUAGGUUUAAUAUGGAGUGGACGGAAGACCAUGACCUCUGUCUAUCUCAAGAAAUUUUAUCCCUAGAACCUUUUAAAGCGAAAAAGGGAAGUAUUACGACAGGAAACAUUUGCGACCAGAUUGCCAAUAAUCUUAACUCCUUGGAAAUUCCAAGGUUUAGAGUUUCAAAGCGUUCAGUGAGAGAGCUGUACACACUUCUCAUUGAAAAGUUAUAGGAAAAGUUAAAAGAAGAGGAGAAAGCAAGCGGCAUUGAGACCAGCAUGAGUGAUGUCGAAAAACCUUUGGAAGAAAUAAUGGAAAAGGAAAGUGAUGCUGAAAACACAGUUGAAAGCAACAAGAAGAAAGCAGACCAUGCUAACGCUGUGGAGAUGCGGAAGAAAGCAAUUGAGAGCAUUCGCUCAACACAGAAAAGAAAGGGGGGUGAUGAAGUCGAGGAUGAAGAGAAUGCUCAACCAAAGCCAAAGAUCACAAUGAAGAGUAGUGGAGAAACAAUGGCAUAUUUACGCGAGAAAAAUGAUAUGGCUCAGAAAUGGAAAGCUGAAGAGCUGGAAUUACAAAAGCAGCGCCUGGAAGUUGAAAGUAAACAGCAAGACGAGUCCCGAAGGCAACAUCAAGAAAUGAUGCAAAUGAUGGCCUAGCAAGUCAGGCAGCAACAGAAUCAAAUGCAGCAGUUUCAGCAGAUGUUUGCUGCUAUGCAACAACAGCAGUCACAAAUCAUUUUAAAGCUUUCAGAAAAACAAAAAUAAGCAACUUGAACUUGUUGAGGGUCGUUGAACGUACUACGACAGGUUUCAUGGCCUCAUUUUUUGUUCAGAUUAAGAGGCCUUUUGAUCAUAUUUUUGUAUGAUUGAGGAGGGUUUAUAUGUGGUGAAGGGAGGACCUGUGAUGAUUUUUAAAUAUUUACUGUGUAUUUUGGGGUAAUUACCCCUCCUCCCCCACCCCAAGGGAGGAUGAACCUCUCUUGCAUAUACCCUAAUGUUUUUAUAACUUGUUUUUUUUCCUUGUUCUUCAGGAUACUUUCAAAAGCCCAACUCAUGCCCAUCCCCUCCUAUCCCUCUUUACAUAGAUUUUGAACCCUCCUUUACAUAAAUUGAAGUUGUUUCAGUAUACAUGAUUUGAUCUAAGUACAAAUAUUAGAGGAUAACUUCCCCUUCUUUGUACAGUUUAUUGGAAAGCUGCAGAUAAACUAUGUUACAUUCAAUCGACUUGUGUGUUUUUUACAUCAUUAUUAAUCACUGAAAUUUCAUUUCUCUUUACAAGUGGUAUAAAGUGUUAAGAAAAAUAAUCCUGAAGGGUAGGUGGGUUAAAUUCAAAUAACUCGGAAGUGAAAUUUCCGUACAAACAAGUCAUGGCAUUUCUUAAAAUUGCACAUACAAUGUACAUCUUUCCCACUGCACUCAAUGAUAUCUUUUGAGUUUUCUUAAAAUCAACAAAUUUAAAAAAAUUAAUUAUGUCUCCAAAAGAGCCACUCUACUGAAACACGGACAGUGAUCAUACACUUGUUAAAUUCUUCCAUCUGGGGGCUAAUACCCGCAGCACGAUAUGGCACAAUUAGGUGAACCCUCAGUGGGUACGCUGGGUCACCAUAUAACGCCAUGGGGUCACCAGUUGGGGAAAAGGCAUAGCGCUCAAGAUCUCGCAUAAGGCCAGAGUCGGCUAGCAUCCCAGCAUCAUGUUUGCGGCCCUCUGAAAGAAAUGAGAAAAUUAUAUCAAAGUUGAAACUAUAAAUAAUGUCAAAAAUGAAUAUAUCUUUUAUUUAUAAUACUUUAUAUGUUCCACAAUAGAACGACUUUCACUGCAGUCGCGCUGUUUGAAUUUACGGUGUGACAGAUGGAUAUAACAAGACAUAAAAAUUAACUGAAAGAAAUAAUUUUUAUUACCUACUGGCCCAUACAUAUUGGAUAUCAUACCACAGGGCAAUGCCACAGACUGGUAUUUCAAUGCGUGGACUCUUUUGUGUCCGUUGUACACGAUCCCCUGAUUUUCUUGUGGUCGGCAAAUGGGUCUUACUGUUCCAUCUAUGAAGCCAAAGUAAUUUGGCAGAGCACCUCCUUUCCUUCGUAUGGCAUCAGCAUAUGCCUGAAGUAGAGAGGGACUCAGUAAGGUUUGGUUCCAUGCUGUCAGACGAUGAUGGUGUAAGGUGUAGACAGUAUCCAUUACAUGACUGGAUAUCAUGCAAAGCUCUGGAACCGGGCGGCCAAAACGAUGGAUAAGGUCACUGUACCGUCAGGGAUACGCUAAUCGUCUCAACAGAAGACAAAGGCCUUCAAUCCCGUCGCAUACCGUCCCCUGUUCGCAUGUAUACGAGUCAGGCAACCCCAUUGCCUCUUUGAGAACAGGUAUGUCACUUUUUCUAAAACGAAAUCCUGCCAAGCAUUCACUUUCGUCAAGCCUCUCGAGGUCAAAAUGUUCGUAAUUCUGGUAGGGAAAAUCCGGAUUUUUAGAUCUGUUGACAUCAUACAACAGUAAAAAUUCAUCUUCUGAAAUGUCGCCAUCAUCGAAACUUGUCAGUAACAAUUCACGAACCUUUCUAAAAGUAGCCAUCGCUCUUGUAUUUAUUUCUAAACUUCAACAGGAAAAGGCGCUACAACAACCCGCCGUCGCGCGAGCUUUCUUAAUGCUAUUUUUCGCGCCAUUGCGACUGCGACCUCACCCCAAGCCCCCUCGACCAAGUCUGCCGUCGUAGAAUCUCGCCGUCGUCGGAUCUAAAGCUCACUAUUAUGUAAUGUCGACGGGCAAAGCCAAACUCCAAGCCCAAAAACCAACACAAAGUAAACAUCUUUACUCCUGUAAUCUCCUAUUUUUUAUUCACUUGUGCAAGACGCUGUUGUUGGGAGGUUUCUAAUUCUCUCAAGUGCUAACCUAUACAUAGUUCAAAGACCUUUUGCAAACAAAGUCGACGUUUCAUUUUUAGGAGUUUGUUGGAAACUCAGACCAGGACACUGUGGUCUACCACAAGCUGAGCCAUGCAAUCAGAGCACGCUACAUUCGUUUUCGACCAACAGCCUGGCACGGUCACAUAUCCAUGAGGAUGGAGGUGUAUGGAUGUAAAGGUACCGCUGCAUUUUCAUUUACCAUUCCGAGGAAAAAAUCGACCUUUUUGCAGUGUUUCUGACAGAAAUUCUGUCACUGCAAUUAAAAAGGCCAUUUUGAUAUUCUUUUUACUCAGAUUUGGACAGAAAUUCUUUUAUUUGUCACUAUUUUUGGCAACACUAGUGAGCAUUUGUGUGUAAUUUAAGUAGCAAAGCGACUAGAACAUUUUGCCCAUCUAAUAAAUUUCUUUCUGUUCCGUUGCAUUUGCCCAAUUUUUUCAUUAACGAAUUCGAUUUGGCUACAAACAGUCAGUAUUUAGGGAAAGCAGCAAGUUUCAAUCCUGUGUGGCAAGGGAGGUAUACUCCUUUGGAUUGUUGGUAUUUUUGAGAGCAUAAAUUAUGCAAAAAGUGUGCACGACCGACAGUUGAGCCAGUCCAGCUGCUAUGUACGGAGUAAACUUCAAAAUCAUAAUAAGGAAGGAUAGUUUUUGACGUGUAUCUCAUCAGUGAUAGAAUUGCUUCAAAGACAGGCUUGUAGUUGGAAUCGUAAAACCUCCUUCGAUUUAACCAAUAUGGCGCUGGCCGAAGGCGUCGAAAAAUGGUCGUGUUGGUAAUUUUCAAAGUAAGAAGAUUUAGAACCUAAAAAUAUUCAUUUCUUACUUAAGAUCUAAAACCAACUUUACAUUCUAAUUUUCAGCUAAUUCGGUGAGAUGGCGUGGCAGCGACUUUUCAGUAUAGUUCGAAUCUUACAGACAAUUGCAGCUCUUAACUGUUUACAUAUAAGCAAUGAAGUAAAAGGUUGAUGAUGGUACUUCAACAAGAAAUCAUCGAAUUCUUUGCUUGUGCUUUUACGUGAAUGAAAAUCAGGCAGCGCUGUCUACCAAAAUGGUUAACAUUUUAAAUUAACAAAACUUACAGCCGUUCACCACUACCGUAUUUGAACCCGUUUUAACUAAUUGAAAACAAUGAAAAGGAGGGACCAUACCGCAGGCUCCACAAAAGAAUAAUGGCAAAUAAAAGACUUCCGCAGGUCGAUCGCUUUUUUCUCUGGGCCAUGAUGAAGGCUUCAUUGUAUUUUUCUCACCAGAAACGUUAGCCUGUUAUUUUUAUUGACAAAGUUUAAGCCCUUUCACGAUCGCAAACUGAUCAUAAAACUGUUAAAAUUUGAUAACUUCUUUCCGCCACUACGACAUUCUAGCUAAACUCCGUAGUAGACUGACGACCGCUACCUCGUAAGCAUUCUUUGCUCCUGUAUUUUGCCAGGCAUGCUGUUACCCCUCGAAGGAUCUUGUGACGCCGUAGACGCGUUUAAAUAUUUUCGAGAGAAAAACAACAACAAAAAGCAACAACAUGCAUUUCAUUAUAUUGUGUCAAAACUGUUCAAUUGCAGAUGGUGCUACUUGGGGUCGCUGAAUCUACAAACCACUGUAAGUAAGUAUUAACCUGUAUAAACGUUAAAAGUUCCUUGUACUAUUCAAUUAAUAAUUACUCACCCAGUUCAAAAUGAAUUUUUCACUUCAUGCUGUUCAUCUUUGAUUUAUUAGCACAAGUAAGCUUAAAUACAUAUAUUUGACUUUAUAUCGUGGACCCUUGAUUUGAACGAAGGACUAGAAUCUAUGAAGAAUACAUGAUGAUCUCAAAACAAAACUUAAAAUCUAAUCUUGAUAUGAAAGCUUUCUUCUUAUAAAGCUUAGUAAGCGAGGUGCUAGCAGUAGAUAUUAACCUAAAUAGUGUGAAACAAUAAAUAAAUAAAUAAUAAGCAAAAAAGAUACACCUAAAAAAUGUCACUUUGUUUUCUCUGUUUUUUUUUUCUGUUUGUUUUUGCCUCCUAUAUAUCACUGAUGUCAAUGAUCAAAAUUUGGUGGCCGUUUGCUUGACGUGAAAAAUCAAGCAGUCUUGUUGUGAAAAAAUAUUUUGAAAGAGUAAAUAAAUUUUUGCUGGUUCCUUGACAGGUUCGGGACCUGGCGAUCAAUACUUCUCAGAGGUUAAUAUCGGAACAGAACAGGACUUUACAAUAAACGGGUCAAUUAACUGUCAGCGAUUUUUUUGCAUGGUGUUGGGGACUAACAGUAAAGAAGAUUUAGUUGUAAUCAAGUUGGUGAACAUUAAACAGAUUGAUCAAAAAGCUAAUGAUGCAACAUAUAGUGCUUUCUUCAGAUCGAAGAGAUUUGCGAUAGGAAUUGGUUUAACUUAAACUUGGAGAAAGCGUUCGAAGCUUGAUUUACGAGUGACGUCUGUUUAAGUAAACGUUCGCCAGCUGGAUUGAGCAACUAUUAUCACAUUUUAGAAUUAAUGAAAAUACGAACUAAAAUAAAAGACUUAUAGAAGUGGCCACCAGCCUGCUGUUGUCUUUACUGGAACGAAAGAAUCUAAAGAAUAAACAAUGACUUAUCACAGGUAACUGGAAACCCAAAGGAAAACGAUUCUCACCGUGUCCCGUGACAUAAAACUUUAAAAAAUGAAAACAUUGAAAAGAUUUCAAUUUAAAUGCUCUCAGCUAUGUGAAGAAGAAAAAACCCCUGCAAAAUAGUCAUGAGGUAAGUCUGUAAGAGAGUUAAGAGAAGAGACUAUAAACAACUCGAAGUGUAGCCUGUUUUCGGAACAGGGUCAUAAUGUAACAUUCCCGGUGGCUGUGUCACCAUACAAACCCACAAACCCCGUAAAGAGGGGUAAUCGAAAGAGUUUUAUACGCGGAGCCUUCGCAAGGUCCAGUACAUAUUUAUAAUAUAAAGAUUUAGCCAGGGCUGAAAGCAAAGCUCUCGUUAUAAUAUGCUUUUAGUUUCUUCAAUUAAAAAGCUAAAAUUCUGUAAUGCUAAAUGGCGAAGGUAACGAGAAGGGCAAAAAAAAAAACAACAACAACAACAAAACAAAGUAAAACAAAACAAUAGGUCUAAAGCAAAAAAAUGACAAAAACAUUUUCCGCUUACAGCAGACGUUUUUUGCAGUUGUUUUCCACUACUAGUUACUCGUUUUAUACAGGAAAUGUCGCAUGAGUAGUCCACUAUGUUGAAAAUUAAGCCCCGUUGGUGCCUAGUCAGUGCCUAACAAGUGCCUAAUCAUUGCCUAAUCCUGCAUACUAAUUAAGUGCCUAGUCAGUGUCUAGCUAGCUAUAGGCAAAUAGGCGUUCCUCCAUGCUAAUAACUGUCUUCUGGCAUACUAAUCCGGUAUAGGUUUACUAAUAAGCGUCUCUGUACUACAAUACCUACAUACUUUACUGUUACCUCCCCAAAGGGGCUUUUCAAUAGGCACAAUAGGCUUGCCUAGACUUGCCCGGGCUCUUCUAACCCUGAUUGGCUCUUGUAGAAUUCAUUAAGUGUUCAAAGUAAAAGCGCGUCUUCCGUUCAACAUUUUAUUCUUAAAAGUUCAGAUUGCUCUGAAAAAAGUCUUACUAUCACCAAUAUUCUUUAAAACAACGCUCCAAACAUGCAAGUCGAAUCGAGCGCUACACCUCUGUUGACGAGUCCAGCGUCAAAGGAUAACCAGUUUUAUCACCGGUUGCCCAGACGUAGUGUGUGUCAAUAUAUUAAUAUUCACAUGGACAAAAUGGGAUGAGUCGUCGAAACUCCCAUGAACUAAAAUAGUCCAAAAGUCAAAAUAUAACAAAACAAAGCUAGCUUUAACUGAACGUCUCCUUCUUCUUCCUGGCCGGUUAAAGUGGCAUUUUGUUGAGUUUUGCAAUCGCAGGUACCAUCCAAUAAAGAAGAAUUAAAGGCUGGCUACAAAACAAACUGACCAUCUCCACGCACCUUCACGCGAAGCGCUAUAAAUUGGAGAAUAAUCGACGAAUCCGCUCCAAAUUGCCAUCGGCUAAUCUGCAGGUAACGUGUGCUCCGGCUUCUUGCUCGCUGGCUCCACAAAACCCAUCGCAACUGCACAAUAAUCGCUCCCUCAACAACAAACACUGUUGACCUUUACGCUUCGAUAUGACCGCAAAUUGCCAGGAUUAAUACGCAACGUGAAUAUUCAAGCUUAGUGACCGCGUCCGCGCGACAAUGCAUCACUUGCAAUGGGAGGGAUGGUACUAUUGCUUCUAGGUCAAUCGACACUGAGGGAGGGUCCGCUGCGUUAAUUUUGACCAGAAAACAAUAGGCGUUUGCGCGACCGUCCGUAAGUUUUCAACAGGUUGGCCCUGGUUUUCAAGUUCGAAUUCUUCUAACAUUAGCUGUCACACUAGCUGCUGUCACAUUGUUCAAGCCCAAAGUUGAAUACAAAUUAGCUCUACGGGAAAAACCCCAAGAGAGAACCUUGGCGUAUUAGUAUAUAAACAACUAAUAACUUAACAAGGAUCAAUUAAAACACGCGACUAAUAAUUGCUAACAAUAAAACCACAAGAGAGAUAUCGUUUUAAAAACUUUAUUAAAAACAAUGACAAAAAUAGUCAAAUACACAGCGAUUUGUAAGGAAUGGAAAUUAAUUAAAUCUUCAUCUUCUUCGCCUGUAGAGAAUAGAGAAAAUAACCCGAGAGAGGGCUUUUCAUAAAAAGAAAAAGAAACAUUGGUUAAAAUUUAACCCCGGGUUAGCGCUAACCGGCUUUGGAACAACUGGGCCCAGAUAGUUAAGAGCCACUACCCAGAUCUGGGUAGCCUGUUCCAGGCUCCGAGAUAGUGGUGAAAAGUCGUUCAGUAAAAAGAAAUGCGAAAAACGCGCGGGGACUGGGGAGAGACAGGGCGGCGGAGCCAAUACGCACUUUUUAAACGGCCUGUUCCGGUAUAUCAGUUCCUUAUAUACCCUCUGGUUGGUCAAUUGUCACAGUUAACAUCAUCACCUAGUAGUGUGGUCAUCAGUUUCUCAUCAUCAAGAUGGCCAACGCGAAUCGUGCGUGUGAUCUUGAUGAAUCCGCGUUGUCGCGUUGUGUUAACUUGAGAUCAGGCGUUAUUCAUUUUUUUUGGCAUGAUCUCAGGCUAGACGAGUGUCUGUGACUUGGCUCGCGGUAAAGUUGUUUUUGCUAUUAUGCCCACCAGUUUCGGCAAAAGUUUAUUCUUUCAGCUAUUCCCACGCUUGGCUAAAGCUGCUUUAACCUUAGAAAGCUCUACGAUAAUGGUCGUUUCGCCGCUGACAUCUAUAAUGCGAGACCAACUGCAACACUGAAAUUAAAAAAAAGCUUGGACUUUCGGCCGCAGCUAUUGGCAUCAGUGAAGAGGGAGAGGAGGACGAGAAGAAAGCGAGAAAAGGAAAGUGCGAAAUUGUUUUCGGUAGUCUGGAGUCCUGGCUGAUCACAAAGUGGCAAUAACAAAACAGUCCAAAGACUGUUAAGCUUUAAAAAGCUAUUACCAAGGGAGAAACUAUGCGCUCCAGUUAAAAGACUCGCACUAUUAUAAGAGAAACCCUAAGCUGGAGUUUACUGAGUCGCAAUGCAAUUCUCCUUAGUUGAUGUAGCUUAAGUUUAAUUCUUAUAAUUCUGGAUCUGUAAAUCACUAUCCGUGAUAAUUUAACAUUCUGCGAAGAAAACUAACGAGCUCGGCCCAGCGUGAUACAACAUUGCCGAAAAACAUUACAUUCACGGACUAAAGAAAAUCACUUAGUUAGUCAGAUCCAGAGGGCACUUUGGAGAAAAUUAACCCUUAUUCAGCCGCAAUAACAAGUUUUAUGUUCAAAAGAGGUCAAAGAAAAUGCUCUUUCAUCAGAGGGCAAAUCCUGCCGACCAGAAACAAAAGCCACAGUAAAUUGAUAUGUGUGCCAUGACCUCUCAGUGUGAAACAAGCGCUAAAAUCACAUUUGCUCAGUGAAAAUGCAGAACCUUCCAGAGCAUAACCUACCCAACAGAGGAAAAAACUUACCUUCCCCUUUUAUUACGAUAAAACCUGCAGCACUUUGAAUAAUCGAAAGUGAGAGACUCGCAGACGCCGUUAACGAAUUCGUAGCCUGCGAACAGCAGAUGCAUUUCUGGUCGUCGCUUCGGCGGGUAAAACUAGAAACUAGAGCCGAAAAAACCAGAUGCUCUCACAGGAUAACGAAUUCGAAGACACAAAUUUCCACACAUUCACACAAGGAGUUCACGUCACGCGAAAUGCUCGCGCGAGAAACUUGAGAAUGAUUGUAGCUAACUGAAGUGUUAACAGUUUUGACAGCCGAAUCCAGACGUGACAAAAAUGGGCGGAAGAGGGUUGUUAAAGAAAUGCUAACAGGCUCUCUCUCCCAUUUUUCUCGCCGCCACCGCCCCCUUUCCCAAGUCGCGCGCGUCUUAUUUUCGCUUUGCUCGUUUUAAUACGUCCGCACUAUACUAUCUGAGAGCCUGGCACAGGCUAAGAUCUGGGUAGUGUCGCGUCAUCAGGAUGGAAUUUCUGUGGUCGAUACUAUUCUCAGACGUCAUUUUGUGUGAAAACCAGUGGUUUAGUAUCGAUAUGUCGGCUGUUUCUCGGGCUACGAUUAGUGCUCAGCAAUGCAAAUGAAAAUUAGUUAAUUUGCAUGAGAAAGAGGAGCAAAACUCACUUUGUAAGAAAGGCUUAAGGCCACGAUACCCGCCAUCUUUGCACUCGCUUAGGAGUGAUGAGAUAAAGCAAUGAAACGUGGUUUCUCCUUGGGGGAGGGGGAAAGUGAAAAUAUUUACCAAUGAAAGAAAUUGCGGUCGAGUUUGUUUAUUCUAGACAACAAAAGAGUUUUUCAUCUUCAAGACGACAAUGGAAAAUUAUCAGAGGCAUCUUCUUUCUGCGCUAGAGGUUUAAUUUCUAAUAGUUUUACUACGAUUUUCCGAGGUUAUGUCAUGCACUUAAUACCAAGAUAUCGCGAUUAUUGUUAAAAAAGGUCUAAAAAUUUCGGUAUGAAGACAACACGUCCCCUAUAAUUUUCUAAUGAAAGAAAAGCUAGUUCACGUCCUCAAACGUUCGACCGGACCCAUAAGGGUAGCUAACACUUUCGGAUGAGACGAAAAAGCCACCUAAGACUUUCGUGACAACCAAAGUUCCCCUAAGACAUCCGAACAGAUAAAUAGUUUUUAGGGUAACUCCAAAUUAACCAAACAGGCUUCUAAAGCAAAGAGAAAACCAUUUGAGACACUUUUGGUGUAUUUCAAAACAUUCGGUCGUUGGGUGCCCCUGUUGUGUACCUGUUAUGCCGAAUGAAAAAGAAUAGUACAAGACACCAUCGACAGGGCGGCAUCUACGAAAAUGUAUCGUACACUCCCUAAACAAUCAUACUUGCUAUAAUAUUUUUUAUACAAUCAUGACACAACUUUGUUAUGAAUGUUUAAGGCUGAGACUUGGGACUUCCAGCGUGCACAGAUUCUAUCGCUUCUUUAAACAGUCGUAAGAAUAAAUCCACGUUCUCUGGGUUGGAGUUGUGUCCCAUGAACCCUACACGCCACACCUGAAAAAUGAAUAAAGAAAACACAAGUUUGUGAUACGGUAAAAGACCCAACAACUCUGUAGGAGAAACAACGUGAAAUGCUUCCCUGCAAGCCGGUUAUUUGAUGCUUAAUAACCCCUACACAUGCCCACAAGUCGAGCCAGAGGAGCCAAAGCGCGAAAUAUAGGAGCGAAACAUUCACUACUCUAGGAUUUCCUAUAAACUCCUGAAGAUCACUAGCCGUAAUCUGAAUUAUAUACGUUUAUCAAAGAUGCCUGCGUGCUGGAGUACCUCCUGAAUAGGCGAGUAGACCGUAAGCAUCCCCAUUUCGGGACAAACCGCGUAACGUAACGUAACGUAAAGUAAAUGUUAUGUAACGUAGCCACUUUACACGGUAGAUGUCCGGGUUUCACUGUCGAAGUUAACCAAAAAAUUCUUUAACAGUAAAAAUUAGACGAGUCGCGUGCUCACCCAACGCUGAAUUGAUUCACUGUUCCGUUGACUUUGGUUACUUUUAAUUCAUGAUCGGUUAAUAGCAAGGCGACUUACUUUUCCUACUGUUGAACCCAUACCACCUACAAUUUCAAGCUUGUACCUGGCAAAUAUUGAAAUAAACAAAAUAAAUAAGUAAAGUUACGGUUAUUCACAAGAGAACCAUUUUUAGCAUCCAUUUAGAACACAGACUGCAUGGAGAUCGCACAUGUACUAGAGCUCACAAGGGACGGAAGUGGUAAACUCGCACGUUUGCAUUGAAUUCGUGUACGAACUGAAAGGGAUCGGAGUCGCAUGCACGUAGCCUUAGGUCCACCUUCACCGAAGUGUCAUUCGUUUUCAGUCUUCACUACGUUUUCCCAGACGAAGUUUUGUUUUGCUGCAGUUUCCAUGCAAAGGUUUUCCUGAAAUUUUAGGCUAACGAUAUCAUGAUCAGCUCAACGCUGAAAAGAGCAGAAAGAAGGUGCCCAUAAAACCUUCAAGAAAUGGCCAAAUAGUAGACGAAAAAGAAAUGCAAAUUCGUGCCGUCACCUAGAAGGGUCUUCUUAAAAGAGCUUUCCUUACGAAUGCAAAAAAAAGCAUUGACCCUUCAAAAUGUGCACGCCACUGACACAGAACAUAGCUUCUGGCUUCUGGACCUACGUAGUCCAUGGACCCCUUCGUAGACUCGGUCCAUGGACUACCCCUGUGGGUCCACCUCUAAUUUUUGCAGAUGAAUUCUACCAUGCAGAGGUCUCAACAAAUUUUAGGAAACUUAAAUGGACGAAACUGUGGUCAGCUUUUAUUAUCAGGGUUAUGGGCUCCUCCUUUUAUCUUACACUUUUUUUUCAAUUUCAUGCGACCAAUAUAAUGGGUUCAUUUUAGUCUGGUGAAGGAGUGGAAGUCCUUCUUUUUUUGUCUUCGUUUUGGUGAAAAUUGAGAAAAAAAAACGGCUGCGUAUGAGACUACGGAGGAAGCUUAAUGUCUAUGUUUUUGUAACGACAACAAUCUCGACUCGAAUGAAUGGCAAUUUACCACCUGAUUAUUUAACAAUGGAUUCAACUGCAAAUUUAAAGCCACCAUCUCUGACUACAUUUUUUCAGUGUCACGUUUACCCCAUUAUGAUGUUUACUUCCAUGGACUAGGUCCAAAGAGGUGGUCCAUGGACCGGGGGACCAUGUUUUGUAUACGUCCGCUUCAGACUACUGUAAUUUGUAAAUUUAAAUGGUUUCUGUCAAAAAUAUAAAAGCUGCUAAGGGGGGAAAUUUCGAAAUACAUGGAUGCUCUGCUACUUUCCGGAAUUCGACCACAGUUAUCUCUAGUUCGUGGCUUCGUGAUUGUGACAGAAUCUUUUGUGCGUAACAUAUGAGUCUGCCGUUUGCAUUUGCAAAACCGUUGCCGGGGUGGGGGUGGGAGGGGUGUUGGUAUUUCGACGAUAAGUAAGAAAAGCGUUCCGCUCACUUCUUCAUCAGAUAAUCUGGGACAGCUUUCCAGUCUGGAAAUCCUUCAGGGAUUUUAAUGGUUGUAACUGUUGGAAGACGAAGAGCCUAAAAAGGAGUAAAAGAAAUGGCCAUUUGUAUUAGUUUAUAAACUACUUUAAUAGUGACCCAGGAAUGUCUAGGGGAGGCUGAAUAUGAUAGUAACUAGGAGGAGUUAGGCAGAUUGAGGAGGUUGUAUUUAUUUCCAAUCGACAUUGACGUCGUUAGCAGCGAUUUAAGCCGAUCAGAAACUGAGAAAUAAUUCAGCAGAAUUAGUUUUUGACGGUUGCCUCAUUAUCUGCCUUUUUAGCAGUAAAUGGAAACGUAAUGAUUAUUGCUUCGAUUCAUUACAGCAAUGUGAGAGUUAAUGUAGACAAUGUAUAAAGGCACAUUUCAGCCAUUACAAUCAAUGUUGAGAUAAGAAGAAUAUCUGUCUAUUUUAACGGAGGUGUUCGUACUUGAAAAAGUUUGAUGAUAAUGUAAAUUUGUCCCAUACGCACAAUUUCAAGGAGAAAAGCUACGGAAAUCCAUAGCCUGUGCUUUGGCGGUUUUUUAUUCGUCCAAAGAACCUUUAUCGUUUAAGGAAAAGGUGCAAUUACUGAUUCUGUGGUUUGUUUGUUGUUUUCUCAACCAGUCCUGUUAACUGUUUCGAGAGAGAUUGAGAGAGGUCGAACGCGCUGCGUAAUUUUUGAUUAGUACUCUAUUUAAAAAUUUACAAUAAUCUAGCAGACGAUAGUAUUGGUAGGUUGUUUUAUUACUGACGUACGUGUAAACAACAACUUACACAGCCUAACAAAUUGGUUUUACAAAAAAAGAAGCUAAAACUCACCUUGUCCGCUACAAACAUCUCCAUCCCCAUCUUCUCAAGCCCCGCCCAGAGAUGUUCAAUGGUGUCAUGAUGCCGCCUCCAGGAAUUUUCGAGUCCCUGGUGAUGGUCAAAUUAUUAAAAUUGAACUCACAACGGAGAUUAUUAUUCCUUUUUUUCGGUCAAGAUAAUUGGGAUGACCAGCCCCCAGCAACGUACAUUGUAAUUCAUCCCAGUGCAUGCAUUACAGUUCGCACAAAACCUGUGAAACUGCAAGUCAGUACUUUUCAUAAUAAUGAUCACAAUAGUUAAGUAACUAACCGUCAACGGAGUUACUUUGUAAAGAAACUGUGGUUUUGCAUUGAGUGAAACAAAAAAGUUGUUUUAUCAACUGAGUUGAUAGAGCAAAUCAGUCACCAUAAAGAGAUAAGGAGGCUGACAUUUUGGUCAUUGGCUCUAUGUCAGAGUAGAACCCUGAAAAACGUGCGAACAAGCCGUCCAGUGGGAGUGAUGAAAGACUGGAGACCUGAGACUUAAGGGUAUAAUCUGUACAAUGGAUAUUGUCAACUCAGUCCGCAAUUGCAACCAUAUGGCAGGUAUAUAAGACAUAUAAAAGAAGAGAGCCCAGGCAUUCUGCUUUACCUCCUCCACCAGAAUAGCAAGGCUUUCUCUCAAGGCAUAAACCAGACUAAUUGCAGCCGUGUGGUGGUAUCUGUGGCAAAAAUGUAAAUAUUAGGUUUUUUCUAAAUUUGGCAAAAGAGUCGAUUUAAUUAAUCAGAUUCCAUAGGUUUUAAACUAUAAAAUUAUAGCUGCACCUGUAACUCCCGCCCGUGAACAAGUGGAUCGGUGGGUGAGGGUAGGGGAGAGAGGGUAGUUUCCCUUACCCCCACUAAUCUUCCUUUACACGGAACCUUCACAUACAUAAACAAGUUUCUCCAAUGAAAUUCACAAAAAAGAGAAUAUCAACGUGUCAACAUUUAAAAAUAAGCGAUCAAAAUUCGUCCUCGGAUGAGUCAAAGGAAACAACUUCCGGUUUCCAAAAAAUCUCUAAAACACCUUUGCGGUUUUUGUUUCACGGUCUGUGCCUUUAAUGAAAAACCUUUUGGCAUGGUAUUAGAAAUAAAACUAUGCAUUUUUUUAAAGAAGUCUAACUUCAAUUUUGGGUUAGAAGUUUAGUUUGAAGGAAAACAAAGAAAAUAUAUGUAUAAUUUAUUAAGAGUUAAAACAAGAAUAACAUAUCCACGAAAAAAUAGUGAUUAAAAUGGUAUACAUCUAAGAUUUUAGACAUUUUCGUUUUUUGGUAACGUCAUCAUGGGCGUGGUCAGAUGGCCCUAUAUUUGCAUCUGUCUAUCACUAACAAGUACUGUGCUAUAAAUUGACUAAUGCAUGGAAAAAGGAGUCCAAGUUAUACGGCUAGAAUUUUCCCUGGCAACAGCCCCAAAAGAUAGGUCAGAGGACCCUCAAUUGGCACUACAAAAAAACAAACUAAUAGAUGCUGGUAGUUGUAGAAAAAUGACGUCAUCGUGCAAUGGCCCUAUUCAACUCCUGGAAUUGCUUUAGGCAUUAACACCUCUUAUAUUAUUACUGUAUGUGUGUUCCACUGCUCGCCUUUACAUGUAGCCGUUGCUAACUGCGGGUAAUGUUUGUUCUUUUUUGUGAAUUUGUCAAGAAUUAAUAAAGUGAACUGAAAAGGCCAACAAAAAAAACUAUAAUUAAAGUAGAUAUUGAUAAAUCCUUGUGAAUUCAGAAAUUUACCUUCUUGGUCCAUCAUCACAUCCCCAGUAGUUGCCCAGUUCAGUAAUAUCCAGGUAAAAUGACAGCACUUUGGUUUUACGACCAUUCACCUUAGCCCUUAUAACAAAACAAACAAAUGACAUUAAACCAAGUUAUUAGGCAGCAGAGGCAGAAGUGUGGUGUUUGAGCAGUCUACCUUGAACUUCAGGCUACAGUUGCUGAAAGUUUGGAUAGUAUUAUCAACCGGAUAAAUCACUAUUGUUAGGGAAACCAAUUGCAUUAUACACCAGGCAGAAAUUAAUCCAGUGGAUAGCGAUACUUCGCAAAGUGCAAAGAAGGUGUUACUUUUACAGCUUGCCAUUCAGGCAAGCUGUGGCUAAGCAUUUACCAGCCUAAAAGUUUUUGUAAUUAGUCCAAAAACAAUUUUUGAUGAGCAGGAUUGAUUGCAGUGCUUCUGCAAAACAGAGACUGCACUAUUAUCUAGUUAUUAACAGUAAAACUUGAAUUGGUGAAUAACCCAAGGGAUCUUGCAUGCCUGCGGGUGUUAACUCCAUACAGCUCCAUUUUGCAGAAAUUAUUGGUACAGACUUCUCAUCAUUAUUCCUUCUUAAUGGGGUGUCUGGCCUCUUGAACAAUAUUAUAGCACAAAAUCUGAGAAACGUAUUAUUGAAGUAACGUAAUAAAAGUAAACACACAUAGCUCUAGGACUGAAGGUUAUGGGUGACACUCCGGGCAGUGCACCUAGACACUUUUGAGAACCUGAAUACACAACAUCAAGUUCCCAAUCAUCAGUGAAGAAAGGUGUUCCACCAAGAGAUGCAACAGUGUCUACUAUUAACAAGCAGUCGUGCCUAAGAACAGAACAACAAAAAAGGUCAGUUAGAGAAUGCAACAUAAAAAGCGCUUCUCGACAGGAAGUUAACUCUCCUUUAAAUGAAUUUAAUAAGCGCGCGAUUGGCUUUCUUUCGGAGCUAACUCCCAUUAAGGUAAACAUUUUAAAACAUUUGGAACACUAAAGUUAUCUUGAGGCUUACUGAGAGUACAUUUAUUACUCUCAGAAGUUUAGAUUUCUUUUCUCUUUAUAAUUCUCAGGGAUUAGGGUUUCCGUUGCAAAUAUAGCCUGCAUGUGAUAGAGCUACAAUCCUUGUACACAUUUUAAUUUAAUCCAAAUUACCACAUACUGAUGUGCUAAGAGGUCAAAAUUAUAUUCAGGUUAAAUUUUUUUAAACUUGGUUGAUUGAAGUUGAGAAUCAACCAAGGCCAAAAAAUUAAUUUGAAUAUGAUUAAUUUUUGACCUGUAACAUUUGCCCCUUUCAUUUUCACCCUCCAUAUAUUUUGCAAAGUGUUACUUUUUUCUCACCUUGAUUUUAAGCCUGAAGAUAACGUUAGAGUUGAAAAUGUGUCUUAUUGUUGUCGUUAUAAAGUUUUAAUAACUAACUCAUGACAAAGAGGUCCAAAGCCAUCCAGUGGUUGACAAAUUCCAGUUGAAGAUUCGCUGUGACAAACAAAUAGAGCUAUAGGUUUGUGCUUUUGAAGACCCUGAAAGAAGAAAACAAAUUUACGUUUUUAACAGUAGCAUGUUCCUUGUAAUUUUUAUGCUCUUGUUAUCAGGGCUGUGCUCGGGCAGCGCCCGGUGGCCCCUAGUAAUUUUUGCUCCUAGGAGACUAUAAAAUAUUUAGUUAGAUUUUUCAUAGAAAUCAUAUGCUGGGCAGCCUGCAUUUCACAGAUUCAGAGCAUGGGGCUCCCUUCAAUUUUUUUUCAUAGAGCAUCCCGAAAUGUCGGCUCUCAAGAUAGCCUUGCAGUUUGGUGUGGCAUAUAACAAAUUAACCCACUACUCUUAGCUUGAAGGAAAUUAAUUGCGGUGGCAGAAAGGCUUAAUUGGCUAGAUGGUCACUCGUAAAGAAUUAAGAGAAAACAAAAGAACUUGCCUCUUUUAUCUCUUCGUAGGUAAAAUAUCCACCAGGUGGCUUUUCAAGAACUCUGACGUCACAUCCUUCCAGAAAAAAAAAAUCAUUACACUUACAAUAAUAGAUAUAACAAACACAACAAAAAACAGCUGAUUAGGAAAACUCAGGGGAGAGAGAAUUUGGCAUCAAUCAUGUUAAGAAACCUGCUUUUGUAACUUCAGUAUUUCUUUUCUCCAUAACUUUUGGAAGGACUGAGCAAAGCUUUGGCGAGAGCUUGAUGACAUAUGGUGUUUUUUAGUUGAGAAUUUCUAUGGUUUGGCUUCAGUUCCAGUUUGAAGUGGACUAUGUCACGCGCUGGCAGCUGAUUUUUGCCUGCCUUGUACUCUUCCUUUACUUCUUUCUGCCUGUCAAAUUUAUUAUCUCUCUGUCUCAAAAAUAAUGCAAUAAAGUACUGUUCUGGGUAACGAAAAAAAAUUUACUCAUGACUGUAAAAUUUUACUUUUAUUUAAACAUUUACGUUCAAGUCUGUAUUUUGGAGCAAAUUGUAGGUGCUGUAAAUGCUUAUCUGUAUUUCUGCAUACUUGGCAAAAGAUAAAUCGAACAACGGUCACACAAUCAUAGGCUAGUCUGCCUGAGAUGUGAUGAACAGUUUUUUACUCAGAUACAAAUAGGCCACUUGCAUUAUUGAGAGGUCACGUGACCAAUGCUUCCUUUUUCGAGAAUAAUGCUACCCCGCUAUCUUGGACGCUUUUUUUGGCUUUUCAAGAAGGAGGUCGCGAUCAAGGUACCUCUAAGUUUCCGUUAAGGUGGCUUGACUGGAAUUUUUAGGAAGUAUACCUCCCCACUUUGACCCGCUCACGUGUAAAAACAAAAUCAUUCGGUAGAAGUUCAACAUUAGAGAACGUAAGAACCACGACGACGACUUUGUCGACGACGAAGGGAAGUGAGAAACAGAACACUGCGCAAGGGCGGACUGAAAAUUUCGUUGUCGUGGUUUCACCGACCAAAAAUGUCUACGCAUGCGCCGCGACAAAAAUCAAGUGGUCGAUUUUCGCCAAAGUUAUUGGCUUAGAGGCAAAAUCCGCGCGAAAUGUUGUCAAGAUGAAAGAAGAAAUGGCAACGUAUUUUGUCAGUGGCAGUGAUGUGGUUUUGUUGUUAUUGUCAGAGACGGAAAGUUAUAUGGGUCGAAAUUUUUAGUCAUAUGUGUUGUCUAGAAGAUAAUGCAUCCUGGAACUGUCUUGCCACGUUUUAGUCCAAGGGGUCUUCGUUUUAGUCCAGGGGGUCUUCGUUUUAGCAACACUUGCUAAAAAGGUGGGUGUUUUUUUUCUUUUUAAGUUUAGUGCAAGUCUCAUGCAACUCGGUACAACGAGAAAUUAUAUAGCAGUGGAAGAGAAAUUCUUGGCCUUUGUUUUGAUAGAUAAAUUAGCGUGUACCGAGUUGCACGGAAGCGGCAGUUUUGUAAAACAUAUAGAUCGUUUUUGUGCAACAAAUCGACACGACUUGACCGCCAUUCGGGGUGCACAUACUGCAAACAUUUAGACACCUUUGAAUUUUAAUGCGUGGUUGAACUUUAAUGGAACAUAGCCCUGCACAACAAAAAUUAAAAAGCAAUGGACAACAGUUUUCCAUGGUCUGUACUCUUAUCGACCAUAGAAAUGAUGUCAAAAUGUUCAAAACUCAAGUGGAACCACGAGCCGCAGGAGAGUGGUUUCAUUGUAAAGUUUGAACAUUUUGACGUUAUUUCUAUGGUCGAUAAGAGUACAGACCAAGGAAAAUUGCUGUCGAUUUGUUUUUGACAAUAACAUUGACAGUUUUUGUCGUCCAUGUCCGUAGACUAUUCGCGGAAAAUCGCUUGUGGGAAAGAAAAAAAACGAGCUGCGCCACCUUCACUUCAUUUCCAUGGUCUGUACUGUUAUCGACAAUAGCUCUCGACCAAUAAGCGGGCGAGAAAUUGCUUAGUUAUGUAAAGAAUAUAAUUGUAACUAAUUACGGUAUUUUAUCACGUUAGCCAAAGGUAGUUGUCAGUAAAAACAGUCAUUUCUUUAGGUUCCGUAGGUUCCGCCGGUUCCGCGGUUCCGCGGUCCACAGUUCCUGACAUUAGCACAUUAGUCUUACCCCAGAAUUUCAGCAAAGUCCCUUUUUCUAAUCGUUUGAAAGUAUUCUAAUUUCAUUUAGAAUUACCAAGCGAUCAGGAAAACAAGAAUGGCUUCGCAGGUGAGGGAUUGUGGUUUCUUGAUUAUAGAGUGGAGUCGACGCCGUUUCGACACCUAAAAAAAUUUCGUGAGCCGCGGAAGCAGUGCGUGACUCACGGUCACGUUUCCAUCAAAGCUAAUUCUUGGUUUUCACCCACAUGACCCACCGCUUGGCAACGGUUGCUAUCCGCCAUGUUGGUGUCCCUCAAGUGUAAACAAACCCAGAUGGUUCUGUGCGUUGUCGUUGGAUGUGGAAGGAAAAGUGGAAAGGGAAACACCCAAGGAUUUUUUCGUAUACCAUCAGUUGUUAAACAUCAAGGCGAAGAGUUCGAAGAUCUCACCACUGAGAGGAGAAAUAGUUGGAUUUCGGCGAUAAGUCGAGACGAUACUGAUACGAAGAACGUCCUGGAAAACGAGCGGGUUUGUGAACGCCACUUUGUGUCAGGAAGGCCGUCACCGAACUGGGACAAAUUUAACGUCGAUUGGAUACCGACCUUAAACUUAGGUAAACGAAUACACAAACAGAAAGACGUCGAGGCUGCGACAAAAAGAGCCGAGAGAGCAAAGGCUCGAAGGAAAAGAGUCAUUGAACGACAAGAGAAUGAAGCUGCAAGGAAAAGAAAGCUCUUGGACCAAAGAGGCGAACAGGUUGCUAACAUGGACUUUAGGGAAGCGUCAACGAGUACUUCAUCCGAAAUAGUCGAAGACCAUAGCGGUGAAAUACAGCCUGAAGAGCCUGAUACUCAACAGCCUGAUAUUUCUUCAGCCGCUUGUGCGAGCGAUGAAGAAACAAUGGCGGUUGUAUUUCACGACGCUGAAACACAGACAGAAGAAUCUGCCACAUUCCCACCAGUCGACGCUGAAACUCAGACUGAAGAGUUUGAAUAUAUAUUCUCCAGGCCCAGCGGAUAUCAAGCACCCGACCAAGAUUUCUUUCAAUCUGACGACAAGGUCCGUUUUUAUACGGGACUGCCAUCAUUUGAGAUUCUAAUGGUUGCUUUUGAACACGUGUCUCCACAUGUCACUCGCAAAACUCACUCUCUCAGCAGAUUUCAGGAAUUUGUCAUGGUCCUGAUGAAACUGCGAUUGAAUGUACCCUUUCAAGAUCUGGCUUACCGUUUCAUGGUAUCUGUGCCCACUGUGUCAAGGAUUUUUUCCUCCUGGCUGGUUGUUAUGGACACCAGGUUGUUUCCUCUUGUUUCCUGGCCAGAUAGGGAGCAGUUAUGGAAAACAAUGCCAAUGUGUUUUCAACAUGCAUUUGGAAGGAAAGUAACUGUAAUCAUUGACUGUUUUGAGGUGUUUAUCGAAAGGCCGUCAAAUCUGUUAGCCAGAGCACAAACAUUUUCAUCGUACAAACACCACAAUACGAUCAAGAUUCUCAUUGGUAUUACACCCCAAGGAACUGUGUCUUUUGUUAGUGAAGCCUGGGGAGGCCGCACCUCUGAUAAGUAUCUGACAGAGCAUUCUGGAUUUCUCGACCAAUUGCUACCAGGAGACAUGGUAAUGGCUGAUAGAGGGUUCACGAUUGCAGAAAGUGUUGGCUUAAAGCAAGCCAAGCUGGUUAUUCCAGCCUUCACAAAGGGGAAAUCCCAGUUGGAUCCAGUUGAUGUGGAAAAAACCAGAGGCAUCGCAAGUGUUCGUAUCCACGUGGAGAGGGUGAUAGGGUUGUUGCGGCGCAAGUAUACCAUUUUGGAAAGCACACUUCCAACAGAUUUCCUUGCUUGCAACCCAAAUGGACCACCUGCAUCACAGAUUCCUAUGAUUGAUCGUAUUGUGAGGGUUUGCUCCGCACUUAUUAACUUAUGCCCACCUAUAAUACCAUUUGACUAGUUUCAGUUGUACAGUUAUCUUCUUUUAAAUGGACACCCCGGUAUACCAGACACUUCUGUGCAGCGGACAGCUUUCACUGGUCCUAACUCAGGCAAAUUAGAGCUGUUCAUCUGUAACUAAACUCUCUUUUAAAGAGAGUUUAGUUACAGUUAAAUUAAGGCAGACACCUAGAGCUGGUCUCAAGGGUGUCCUGCUUACUAGAGAGUUCACUGUAUUGCCAGUUUUAAGUUUAACAUAAUUAUGUGCUUCUGUGAACAGUAACUUAAUGUAGGUGAAGGUCAGUAAGAAUGUGUCCUUAACAAAUAUCUAAAACAUUUUAAUUGAUUCAAAAUGACAAUUUUUGAAGAUGUAGACUCUCAUGUCAUCAAUUUUCUUACUUCUUUUAAUUACAUAAUUUGUUAGUGUUUCAAACAACAAGAAAAGUUUUAAAAAAUUGUCUUUUGAGAUGACAGUGAAACAGGUAUUUGAGCAAAAACACUCAAACCCGUAAUUAAUGCAGUAGUUUUCAGCAGGUUAUUUUAUUGUUCUUCUGUUUGGUCUAAUACUACCAUGAAGAAUGUAGUUAAAUUACAGUUAGUACAACAUUUUGCAGCACGUAUCGUUGCUAAAAAAGCGUAAGUAUGAUCAUGUAACACCUAUCCUUAAAUCAUUAAAUUGGUUACCCGUAAAAGACCAAUAUUAUACUUUAGAGAUGCUGUGUUAGCUUUAAAUGUAUGUCGGGACUAGCCCCUGGGUACCUUAGCGAUCAAUUAAUUCUACGUAGUACUGUAAGUAACCGGCAGACCAGAAAUUCACAGAUGCUAAAUAUCCCUUUAUUUAGGUCUGCCACUGGGCAGAAAACAUUCCACUACAAGUUCAGGAGUUGCCAUAAAGGCAUUAUGGUGACAACCGGGAGGGCACAUUGUUUACAAUUGUAUGUAUGUAUGUAUGUAUGUUGUGAGCGAUCACGAAACAGGCUUGUAGGGAUAGAAAUGUUAUUUUUCCGCUAACAAUAUUUUUCACGCUCUACUUUAUGUACUGAGCACUCUUCUACGGAGAUAUCGAGCCACAAACUUUAUGUAUGUAUGUAUCUACAGGGGAAUCCUGAUUUUUUUAACCCACAAGGGAAAUAAUAACUGGUUCAAGCAAUCAGGAUUUCCAGAUAUCAGGAGUAAAAUUAUGGGCUUAAGAAAUCAAGGGACUGAGAAACCGGGAUUCUAGUGACAUGUUUUUCUCAUGACUUGUGGGUACAAUAUUAUGUACAUUUAUCAACAAUGAGCAAUUAGAUGCUGAUCUGAUCACCAUUAGUUCAAAAAUGAAAACGCUGACCCAUUUCUGAGCAGGCAAACAUUUUUCAAGAUGUUGGAAUGCUAUUUGCAUUUUUAAUUCCUCUUUCAGGUGAAAUAUCUUCGUUAUAACAAACAGUCACUUAAAUUAGUGGUAACUAAUGUAGGCCAUUCAUUUAGAAAAAGGUCUAUGUUACCCGGGAGUUCUCCUUUAAGACCAAACCCUUAGCAUAAUAUUUUCUAAAAACAUAUUUCAUCAAAGAAUAGCUGUCCUUUCAAUAACCUGCUGUGGAAUGAUGUACCCCCUUUUUUAUUUUUCAAAAUAAUUUCCCUUGGUACACUGUAAAAUCUGCCGCAAAAAAUAAUUAUUACCUAUACCCCUUUGGAAGCACAUAAACAUUAUUGCCCCAGCUAUUUUUCAAGGAAAUACAGUUUUAUAAUUAUUGAUUCUGAAACAGAUCAACCUCCAGUCAUAACUGUGUCCCAUGUUGGGCACUUUGACAAUUCUGGGUUGGUAGCCUGAAUCUGUGUAAGAUUUGCCAAAGCAGUCUGUUUGUCAAUUUCACCUGAUCUCAACAUCAUCAUCACUUCCACUAACAGAAUCAGUUUGGAUGUUGGAUGUUGAUGGUACAGACAAUGGCACAGGUAAUGAUGAAACUGUUCCACUGAGUUGAAGAAGUACAUGGUGGCACUGACCUGUUUGGCUGUUUACACACAGUACUGUCAGCUAGUCUUACAAUUGUUUGGUAUCCUUUUUUUAUAAGACAACUUAAAUGAAAAAAUUUACUAUUCUUACAGUCUGUGCUGUGGCACUCUAGUAGUUUAUCUGUUGAGGUUGCUUUGGACUUGCAGAGACAAAUAUUGUCGCAAAGCAAGGCAUUUUGGUUAGUUACAUUACCAGGUACACUUAAUAUUUCCUCUUACAGAGGUCACGAAUCCCCAAACCAUCUGAUUGAAGGCUUCCAAACUCUUGUAGGCCUUGAACUGCCGUUUCGUAUACUAGCUAGUCUCUAAAACCAGAUAUCCUAGCAAAUCAGUGGCUUCAAUCCGUGGCAAACAUUCUGGGUCGAACUGCUCGGUUGGAAUGCUGACCGGGUCAACUCCAAGUAGGAACAUUUUCUGAAUAUAUCGUGUCUUUACUUGGCUCUCGAGGCUUUUGGCGAACUCGGAAAGAUCAAGGAUACUCGCAUUGGUCCUAUCUGAGUCCUGAUCGCUUUUUCCGUCCGAUAAUUCCAUUUACGACCGCAAAAUUUCGAAGAGAACGAAAGAGUUGCGAGAUCCGACAUACUAUUAUCACAAAUUUCACGGUCGGAAGGGACACCAACAUGGCCGACAACCAAAUUUGGAAAUGCCCGUGACGUUACGUGAAAACCAAGAAUAUAUCCGGCAGAAUGCUUUAUAAUAUGUUUAAACGUAUUGGUAUCCGCUUGGCUAGUCUGAAAGUCGAUGAAAUACUUUCAAUGGGAGCUAAAGAGACACCUAAUGUUGAAAUUCCCAAGACAAAUGGGAGCAUAUUGACUUAGGAGAAACCGUGCCCGCGAGUCAACCACAACAUGGGUUAUGCACUCAAAACCGAGUGAUACCUAACCUCUGCCCUUGUUAGAAAACGCUGUUGUUUCUCGUCACUCGCCAAUUCUAAACCAUGAUAGAAUAUUUUGAGGAGAAUUCGCAUAAAUUUUGCAAAAUCAGAGAAACGCUUUCCCAAGAUUCAGCAGCAACACCAGUAUAUCAAGCUGUGUCGAAAAAUUAGGACCGGCUCGAGGUUGCAAAAUAAAGUUUCAAAAUCAAAGUACUCUCUUUCCGAUUGUUUUGAGAAACUAAGGGGCUAGUAUUCAUGUGUUAUGGAGCUGAAGAGACGGUCUUCUAACUUUCCAGCUCCGCUUUCAGACUGUCGGGUAUCUAGCCCGUGUGAAAUCGGGCCCGUGAGUCACGCGCUGCUACUCGCGAAAUUUUUCUGGGUGUCGAAACAGCGUCCACUCUUACUGAAACCGCAACCUCUCAGCUGGGAAGCCAGUUUUGUUUUCCUGUUCGCUUGGUUAUUCUAAAUGAAGAUAGAAUACUUUCAAACGAUUAGAAAAAGGGAUUUUGCAGACAUUCCAGA